UACCUGCAAUAGAUGUUUUUUUCCAAUUCAAUCAAGUACCUGAAAAACCACUUUUUGAAAACUUUGGGAGAUAGAUUGCCCGAUGCAUCAAUUGAAGAUGUGUUGUUCGUUCUGACGGUACCUGCAAUUUGGAGAGACUCGGCAAAGGAAAUCAUGAGAGAGGCAGCAAUAAAUGCAGGGAUUCCUUCAAGAAGAAUAACCCUAGCUUUAGAACCAGAAGCGGCUUCUAUUUUGUGUCAAAAUAUCCCCAUUGAAAAGUUGCCCAGUGGAAAAGGAUUCACCAUUUCUCAAGCAGGGACCCAGUACCUCAUUGCUGAUAUCGGAGGUGGAACGGGUGAUUUUACUGUCCACGAGAAACAAGAAAACGGCACUCUGAAAGAAAUAAGCAAGGCAAGUGGGGGUGCAUAUGGUGGUAUCAAUGUUGACAGGAAGUUCUUUCAAUUUCUUCAAAAGGUUAUUGGUGCAAGAGCAUUGCAACAGCUAAAGGACAAGGAGAUAGGCGACUAUUUAGAUUUACUUCGUGAUUUCGAAAAUAAAAAGAGAACCGUUAAUUUUGAUGAAGAAAAGUCAUACGUUAUAAACUAA